AUGAAUAUAAAGAAGGUUGUGAUUAGUGGCUUCAAAGCAUUUGCCGACACAACCAUCUUUGGUCCAUUCUCACCCGGCAAGAAUUGCAUCUUAGGUCUUAAUGGUUCAGGGAAAACCACGCUAUUUCAAGCGAUUGAGUUUGUAUUAUUAGAAAACUACUCGAUGCUCCCUCACAAAAACAGAAUAGCCUUACUGCAUUCAGGAAAUGUUCAGAAAAACCGUGCCUUUGUUGAGAUUACCUUCGAUAAUACGAACCGAAUGUUUUCAAUUGACAAGCAAGAGUUCUCUAUACGUCGCGAAAUCGGCAUGCAAAAGGAUGAGUACUUUAUAGAUCGCAAGCAUUCGAUGCGAAAUGACAUAGUUUCCCUUUUCAACUCCGCAAACAUUUCAUUAAACAACGAAACGUUCAUCAUACAGCAAAACAGAGUCAAAGGAGUUGCAGAGAUGAGUGAUGAGGAUCGCUUAUGCCUGUUUUUCGAUAUCUCUGGCAUCCAAGUUUAUACAGAUAAAAGGCAAGAAUCAGUCAAAAUGAUCGCCGAAUCAGACGAGCGACGCAAAAAGAUAGGCGAAAGCAUCGAAUACAUUGACUACAAGAUCGAGCAACUCGAAAAAGAGCGAGAAGAGCUUGAAUCAUUUUUUCAAUUGGAUAAGAAGAAAAGAGCACUUGAAUACAUCAUCUACGAUCGUCAGAAGAACGAAGCAGAAGAGCAGAUCAAGUCCAUUGAUGAGAUAAGGUCAAAUCAAAGCACAGUUUUGGAAGAACUUCGAAAUUCUUUUGAAGAAAUUUCAAAUGAAAUCAAUGAUUUAAGUCGGUUGAUACAAGAAUCAACGAACAACCAAGAUAAUCUACAGUCAUCCAUUACAUCUUUUGAAGAAAUGAUCGAGAAAACAAUUACAAAAACAGAAAAUUCAAAAUUAAAAUUAGAAUCUUUAGAAAAGAAACUGAAUAGAUCAUCAGAACAGCAAGAGCAGAUACCAAUAGAGAUCAACAACCUCAAGGAGAAGCUCAAAGGCGCAGAAACAAAGAAAGAUGAAAUGAAAAAUGAAUUAUUUGAAAAGAAAACAGAAAUUGGACAGUUGAAUGCCAAGAUAUUCAAGCACAAAUCAGAUCUAGAUAAGAAAUACAACCAAAUGAAGUUCCAAGUCGAAUCAAAUGAAAAUAAAAUUUUCGAUAUCUCAAACAAAAUCAACAAUAAUAACAAACAGAUAGAAGAUAUCGAAAGAGAGAUCCAAAACCAAAAGGAACAGCUACAUGUUGCCAAACAAAAUUUUGAAAUUUCCAAAAAAGAAUUUUUCGAUUCUUUGGACAACAGAAAACAAGCUUGGAAACAAGAAUCAGACAUCGUCAAGAGGAAAUCACAGUUACAGAAAUCAAUAUCCGAAUACAAACUGAAAUAUCAGCAGAAUUCUUUUUACGAAAUCGUGAAUUUCAUCAAGAAACAAAAUAUUGAUGGAAUAAAUGGUCCCUUGAUCGAUCUCAUUGAUCUUAAAUCAGAUAGUGACAUCGCUCCUGCUAUUGAUGCUGUUGGUGGUAAAAAAUUGUUCGCUUUCGUAGCAGAUGACGAUAAAAGUGCCAAAAAAUUGAAUGAAAAAUUGUCAGAAACAAAAUUUGGCAGUGUACAAAUAAUAUUGUUGAAUAGAUUGCAAACUGUCAACAGAAAGAUUCCAACAACAAAUCAGAUGAAACCGCUAACGGAUUUUAUCGUCGUGAAAGAAGAAAAAUUCCAAAAAAUUGUUGAUUAUGUAUUUGGAAAUUUCGGAUUGUGUCCGACCUUGGAUUCCGCAAUUGAUGAGAGCGAAACACAGAAAGUAAACACUGUAACUGUUUCCGGUGAUGUAAACUAUUAUAACGGUUUAAUGACAGGCGGUUAUCGUAAUCCUCUCAAUUCUAUUCCAAUUUUACAUUUCAAUUUGAUGAAACUGCAAAAUGAAAUGUCUGAAUUAGAGAAAAGUGAAGUGACCAUAAAAGAAAAAGUGUCAGAAUCAGAAGAACAAAUUUCGGAAGCUUCAAAGAACCAAAUCAAAAGAGAAAAUGAUAUACAGUCAAUUAAAGAAAAAAUUAAUUCAUUAAUACAAAAAAGUGAUAGUCUGAAAAGUGACAACUCUGUAUUUUCAUCCAGAUUAGAAGAUCUUAAAUCCAAACAGAUAAAACUUCAACCAGAACUAUUACUUGUCAAAAGUGAAGUGAAUGCAGAAAAAAAUGACGAAAAUUUGUCAGAAGAAGAAAUCAAUGAAAUUUCUGAGAAGUUGGCGGUUUUGACAGGCGAAUCAAUUUCAUUAGAACUCAAGAUUGGAUCUCAAACAAGUUUCAUACAGUCAUUGAAUGAAAAAAUAACAAAAUUGAUGUCAGAAAAUGUAGAUACAAAUAAACUAAAAAGUGACAUUGAUAAAUUGAAAAGUGACAUUGUAAAUUACGAAGACAAAAGAGAAGAUCUUAAAAACAAAUUGAAUGAUUAUAAAAAUGAACUUAUCAAAGUCAAAAAUGAACUGAAAGAAAACACAAAAAUUUUGACGGAAAAAACAAAAACGCAAAAUGAAAUCAAAAACAAAAUCCGUCAUCAACAGAGUUCUUUUGAAAAUCUGACAACACAGUUCACUUUACAAAAUCGUUUGGCAAAAGAAGCCACAGAACGAAGGAAUUUCAUUACUCCUAUUCCUGAAGAAGAAAUCGCAGAAUAUAAGGAAUUUUCUGAUACAAGAAUAAGAGAUGUUUUCGACCAAAUAAAUACAGAAUUGUCACUUUUCAGGCAUGUUAACAAAAAGGCUGACGAUCAAUUCUUUAAGUUUGCCGGGCAUAAGAAAGAACUUGAGCGAAAUCUUCAAGAAAUUGAUGAUUCGAGGAAGAGUUUGAUCGAAUUAAUUUCAGAACUUGAUUCUAAAAAACGAUCAGCAUUUGAAUCAUUCUUUGCUAAAUUGAGUUAUCAUUUUAAAGAUAUCUAUCAUAAGCUUGAGCCGACGAGGAAUUGUCAAAUUGUUCUACAGCGAGAAAGCUCAAAUCUAGGUCAAGAAGAAGAGACACCAUUAAAAGGAGUUGCCUUUAGAUUUGAUGAUUUCUUCAUUGAACAAAUGAGUGGUGGCCAAAAAACGAUAUGCGCAAUUUCUUUCUUGUUGGCUAUUCAAAAAACAACGCCAACACCUUUCUACUUGUUUGACGAAAUUGAUGCAGAUUUGGAUCCUCAACACAGAAAGAAUUUGUCUGAAGUGAUUUCUGAGAUGGCAAAUGCUGAUCCUCCUUCCCAGUUCAUUUUCUCUACUUUUAGACCUGAAAUGUUGGAAGUUUCAGACAAAUUCUUCGGAAUUUCUAAUAUGAACAACAAGAGCACUUCGAAGGAAAUGACUUUGGAAGAAGCUGUGUCAUUCAUUGAGUCAGAACAGACUUUACCUGCUGUUAAUGAAGAACCAAUAUAA